AUGGCGCAGAUGGACGGCUACAACUACAGCGACAGCGACCGCACCAGGGACUUCCUAUCGCAGCUUGAUCCGUAUUCCUCCACCGGUAGCUACGACAUCUUCUCUGACGCGGCAUAUCCCUUUCCGAGCUCGAGCACAGUCAGUGCUCCCCAGAUGGGCAUGGCGACACUCGACCUCAACUCACAAGGUGAAGGGUGGCCUGGAAUGGUGGGCUAUCAGGGCCUCCUUUGCUAUGGCGCGCAAGAUGGAGGCAUCGGCAGCAGCAUGUGCCCCCUGCCAUUCACGUUCGUAGCGGUAGUUGUACCCUCGGCUUACACGCGGCUCGCGGUGGCAGUGGAGGAGGUGCCAUGGUCGGUCACGCUGUGUCGUCAUCCUCCGGUGGUGGCCGUGGCCCUCCCUUGCCUCCUGUGA